AUGACUCUGGUGUCACACUUAGAAAAAAGAGGCUGUCAGAGCCUGGAUCAGUGUCAGGAAUCAAUCACCAUUGAAGAUGUGACCAUAAAAUUCACCCCAGAUGAAUGGGCCCUGCUGGACACACCACAGCGAAAGCUGUAUAGAGACGUGAUGCUGGAAAACAUCAGUCACCUGGUAUCUCUUGGACAAGAAUACUGCAAACCAGAUGUAAUUUUUAACAGAGAUGAAAGAGAAAUCCUAUGGAUGGAAGAACAAAGAGAUUUUCCCCCAAACCAGACUCCAGAAAAAAAGGGCAUACGUGAAGAAGAGGAAAGGAUAAACACACAUAUUAUGAAGAAGAAUAAAGCAUGCACCAUGAAGCCCAUGGAGUACACACUCGGAGAACUGAUAAAUCUUGAAGGAAAUCUGUGUGGGAAAACCUUGACAUAUCCAUCUGCAUUCAGAAGACACCAGAUGACUAACUCUGGAACUGAAUGCUGUGUACGGGAAAAAAUCAAGAAUCAAUCUUCUAAAUUUUAUCAGCAUCAUAAAACAAAUAGUGGUGAGAAUCUUUCUAAAUAUCUUUGUGGCAAAACUGUGAAUAAUUCAUGUACCCUGAAAAAUAUAAGAACACACACAGGGGAUAAACCUUAUGAAUGCCAUCUAUGUGGGAAGACCUUCUCUCGAUUAUAUAACUUUAGUAUACAUGAGAAAAUACACCCAGGAGAAAAGCCACAUGACCAUCAUGUGUGUCAAAAAGCUUUUGCUAAUUCUAGUUCUCUUAAAAAUCAUGAGAAAACACACAGAGGAGAGAAGCCAUAUGAAUGUCAUCUAUGUGGGAAGACCUUCUCUCAAUCAUCUCACCUUAGAAUGCAUGAGAGAACACACACAGGAGAGAAACCUUAUGAAUGUGAUGUGUGUCAAAAUGCUUUUGCUCAUUCUAAUACACUUAAAAUUCAUAAGAGAACACACACAGGAGAAAAGCCAUAUGAAUGCCAUCUAUGUGGGAAGGCCUUCUCUCAGACACCUAAACUUAGGAUACAUGAGAGAACACACACAGGAGAGAAGCCAUAUAAAUGUCAUCUGUGUGGGAAGACCUUCUCUCAAUCAUCUCACCUGAGAAUGCAUGAGAGAACACACACAGGAGAGAAGCCAUAUGAAUGUGCUCUAUGUGGGAAGGCCUUCACUCAGUCAUCUAACCUUAAUAGGCACAAGAGAACACACACUGGUCAAAAGCCUUAUAAAUCUUAUCUGUUUGGGCCAAACUUAACUAACUCAUCCAAACUUAAAAAUCAUGAGAGAACUCACACUGGACAGAAACCAUAUCGGUGUCAUCUGUGUGGAAAAGCCUACAGUCAUCCAACCAGCCUUAGUUGCCAUGUGAAAAGGCACACAGGAGAGAAACCAUAUGAAUGUCAUCUGUGUGGAAAAGUCUUCCCUUGCUCUGGUCAUCUUAAAAUUCAUAAGAGAACACAUACAGGAGAGAAACCAUAUGAAUGUCAGCUAUGUGGAAAAGCCUUCACUCAAUCAUCACACCUUAGGCAACGUGAGAGAACACACACAGGAGAGAAACCACAUGAAUGUCCUUUGUGCAGAAAAGCCUUCACUCAUUCUUCUAGCCUUUGGAAUCAUAGGAAAACACACACAGGAUAG